CCAGCUGAGAUUGUUGGCUAUAUGAUGAUGAUGUUGUAAUCUUAAAACUACGCGUGCUGUGCAGCCGAGAAAUCAGUCUGAAGUCGGACUUCAAGCACGAUGAUAAACACCGCUGGCCUCUGGUCGAUACGAGUGAUUCUGUUGCUGUGUAAUUGCAUCCAAUGGAGCGAUGGACGUAAUUCUCAAAGUUUGCAUGUGCGAUUAUCCCAUGGCGGAUGGUUGAUUGGACGUCAUUUGACUACCCAUAAUGGUCGGCAUAUGCGGGCAUUUAUGGGUGUACCAUAUGCCGAGCCCCCACUCGAUGAUCUACGUUUCCGGGCGCCAGUGGCGAAGGCAGCUUGGGAAGGCGAACGAUUGGCAAUUAAGGAUGCACCCAUUUGCCUGCAGCGUGAUCCCUUCCGUCGCGACAUGAUAAUCGAGGGCUCCGAGGAUUGCCUGUACCUGAAUGUUUACACACCGGAGACUCCCAGGAUUAAUGGUUCUCUGCCCGUGAUGGUAUGGUUCCAUGGUGGUGGAUGGCAAUGUGGCUCAGGCAUAAGCAGCUUCUACGGUCCGGAUUUUCUGUUAGAUCACGACAUUGUCUUGGUUUCGGCCAACUUCCGACUGGGACCCUUAGGUUUCCUCAGCACAGAGACGAUCGAUUGUCCCGGUAAUAAUGGCUUGAAGGAUCAACUGGAGGUCCUGCGUUGGGUUCGUGAGAAUAUAGGAUCCUUUGGAGGUGAUCCACAAAGUGUAACUGUUUUUGGCGAGAGCGCUGGUGGCGCCAGUGUUACAUAUCACAUGCUAUCGGAGAAAUCCCGCGGCUUACUGCAUCGUGGUAUUGCCCAAUCCGGCACUUACUUCAAUCCCUGGGCACAGCCAGCUCAUAAAGGAGUGGCAGCUGGCAGGGCCGCCAAACUAGCCGAGCUGGUAGGAUGCGAUUCCGCAGGAGAAUGGCCGGAAAAGCUAGAUUGUCUGCGACAGAGGCCAGCCGAGGACAUUGUAGCCUCCUUAUACGACAUGUUUGUCUGGGACUUUGAUCCGAUGAUCCCUUUUCCGCCAGUCAUUGAACCGGAGCACGAUGACGCUUUCCUCACAGUUCCACCGCGCCAUGCCCUGAAGCCCCAUGGUUUGGAACUGCCACUGCUUGUGGGCGCUACUGCGGAGGAGGGUCUCUUGAAAACAGCCGCUCUGCUUAAUCUUCCCCCGCUGUUGGCCGAGUUUAAGGCUCAGUUUGAGCAGGUUCUGCCAGUUGUUCUGAACUACGAUCACCAUGAGGAUUCCAUACAGCAGAGGAUAACGAAACGCAUCGAGAGCUUCUACUUUAAGGCGGGCCACGAUUACGAUAAGGCCAACCACCAAAAUCUGACCGAUCUCAUUUCGGAUGGCUGGUUUGUGGCCGGAAUCGACGAGUAUCUACGCCUUCGCAUGUCACAAGAUGGCGUCGGCCCAACGUAUGUUUACCUUUUUGAUCACAAGGGCGCCGCCAGUUUUACGGAGAUUUUUAAGGGCGGCCGAAAUGAGUUCUACGGAGCAUGCCAUGCUGAGGAGCUCCAGUAUUUAUUCCCAAUUGGACGAGAACUAUUUGUGAGUGCAGUGCCCACUAGCAAAGAUCUGGAACUUCGCGAGUUGAUGCUCCAUUUGUGGGUUAGCUUUGCCAAAACCGGCAAUCCAAAUCCCAUAAAUGCCACUUUCCAUUUGCCCAAUUGGAGUCCGGCGUCUAGUUAUCCAGUAGAAUAUGCCCGCUUGGGAUCCAAAAUGGAGGACGCGUCGUCUAUUUUCCAACUAGAGAGUGAACUCAUGCAACAGCGCGCCGAUUUUUGGCGGGAACUUCAGCCGCACUUGCCCGCCAGCCAUGCCCACAACGAGCUAUAGUCCACUAAAUCCGUACCGAAAUGUAAUCCAUAUGUAAUUUCAUUAAAACGAUUUUUAAAUAUUUCACCGCA